UCUUGCCUCGAGAAUGAGCACCGAAUUGCAGCAUUAUUAUUUGGAAUUAUCGCCAGACCCUAUACGAUUUGAUGGCACGGGUUUGCUUACGAAUGUGUUUUUCGAUGACGCCAAACAACAGGUCAUUGCAGUACGAUCGGGUGGAGCCACGGGUGUCGUCGUCAAGGGAGCGAGGGAUGGAGAAAGCUUCGUAUUUUGCAUGGACCUGCAUUCCACCGAUACACCCGAUGCGCAGAUUCGAUCGAUCAAGUUCUCCAUCGAAAAUCAAGUCCUGGCAGUGCAGCGCAAUGAAACAUCGGUGGAAUUCAUCAGCUUCCUUCCCAACCACCGACCAAAUCUUCAAGAAAUCCUGCUCUUCAAGGGGAAGAACGUAAUCUACGGCUUCGUGUGGGUCCAGGAGCGCCAGGUCGCAUUAUUCACGAACGUUGGUGUCGAAAUUUUGAUGGUCAAUUUUGAAAAACGGUCGCUGAAAUCCGUCAAGUCGCUCAAUAUAACGGUAAACUGGUUCAGUUACUGUCCGAGUUCAAAGUUCGCGUUGCUCUCUUCGAAUAUGGGCACAAUUCUCACGCCCAUCAUAUUAAAACCUGCAACCAUUACCAAACUGCCCAGACUGGAAUUGGGCAUCGAUCAAGGUUGCAUGGGAAAAGACGUAACGUUGGCACAGCUCUAUGGAAUGAAUGCCAUUUUAAUUCUGCGGCAACCACCGAAUCGCCCAUUCGAAGUCGUCAUCUAUCUUUUGAAUGGGCCCGGCUUGGCACCGAAAAAAUCACACAUCCUUAAACUGGGCCAAAGUGGACGGUUUGCAAUGAAUGUUGUCGACGACGUUGUAAUUGUUCAUCAUCAAGCUACGGCAACGUCAAUGCUGUUCGACAUCGCACUGAGCAGUAGCGAAACCGAACCGGGUACGGGGGCCGUUAUUCAUUCGCCGAUCAUUCCAGCGAAACCCAUUCGUCCAUUUCAGCUUGAAGUGCCAAGCAUAUCCCUCGAUGGGAAAACUAUGAAUUGUGAAUUGUAUACGAAAGAUUGGGUACUGUUUCAACCUAAUAUAGUCAUAGAUUCUAAAUUGGGCUGCCUGUGGUUCGUGCAGCUAAAGUUAAGUGCUCUAUGUGCGCUCAUCACAGACCGGCUGCGUUUGGUAGAGUUCCUGUUGCAGCGAACGGAGGGUAAAACGGUUAUACUUUCGGUGCUCAAAGAGAUCAUGAGCACCAGCUACAGCGGCACCAUGUUGCCAGUGAUCGAGAACAUUUUUAACAAACUAAACGCCCUGUACAAAAGUGUGCUAGACAAUGAGCUGCAGAGUCAAAUGGCGAUGAUGUCGUUGGCAAAGUCGCCCAUAAAAGCCCCUGUGACGCCUCGGGUUCUGAUUGAUCAAGCGGACAUGUACACGACAGUGUUUUCCACCAUAAUCGAUGCCCCACAGACGGGCAAAAUACUGCUGCUCUACCUCAACUCGCUCGUCCGGCACGGCAUCACAGCAAACCACGAGCUGAGCAAAACCCUGCUUAUUGAUCUGGUGAACCACAAACAGUUUGAUACGCUGCAGCUCCUACUAAAAUAUUCGGCAUUGAACGAAUCGAAGGCGUUGGCAUGUUUUCUACUGUCCCUGUCAAACGUGGACUAUCCCAUCAUUUCGCAAAUGGCUCUCGACAUGCUGGCGCGGUUAAAUGCGAACGAGAUCAUUCUGGAAGUGCUACUAGAAAGGGGUCAAAUUGUAGAUGCAUUGCGGCUGGCGAAACAAAUGCCGGGGGCAGAUUCCCUGCCGGCAAGAAAAUAUCUGGAGGCUGCGUGCAAGACAAACGACCCGUUGAUUUUCCAUUCCGUUUACAAUUUUUUCCAGAUGAAAAAUGUUCGUCUCCGGGGAUCUCCGGACUUCCUGAAACAUGAACUAUGUGGAGAAUAUGUGCAAUAUUAUCAAAGUUUAAUAGCUAAUCAAUGCUUAUGAAGCAGGGGUGGGUAAAUUAACACGUCUAUUUAUGUUGAACAGUAAAAAUCCCAAAUAAAUCUUAUUAGAACAGUU